AUGCCCUCUUGGCCCAACCUCACUCAGAGCCUCAGCAACAGCAGCUGGGAGAACGACAACGACACAUUCUUGAGCGAUCCCCCUCCUCUUGGCUUGUUCUCCAUCCCACUGCUCACAUCCACGACUGUCGCGUGUUCGCUGCUGUUUCUCGUGGGAGUAGCGGGGAAUGUGAUGACUAUUCUGGUGGUGGGGAAAUACCGAGACAUGCGGACCACCACUAACUUGUACCUGUGCAGUAUGGCCGUGUCAGACCUGGUCAUUCUCCUCUGCAUGCCUUUGGACUUGUAUAGGAUGUGGUGGUACAGGCCGUGGCGCUUUGGUGAGGCGCUUUGUAAACUCUUUAACUUUGUGUCUGAGUUGUGCACGUACUCCACUAUCCUCAGCAUCACCGCGCUGUCUGUGGAGCGCUACUUGGCGAUUUGCUUCCCGCUGCGCGCCAAGGCUCUGGUCACGAAAAGACGAGUACGCGCGCUGAUCCUCGUGCUGUGGACUGUUUCCAUGAUGAGUGCGGGGCCCGUGUUGAUCAUGGUGGGGGUCGAGAGGGACUUCAACAACAGCAGCAACAGCAGCAACAGCGGCAACAGCAGCAACAGCACCGACAGCGGCGAUAUGGACACGCGCGAGUGUAAGAUGACGCACUACGCAGUGGAGUCCGGGCUGAUGGGUGCGAUGAUGUGGCUGAGCUCAGCGUUCUUCGUCAUGCCAGUGUUCUGCCUCACGGUCCUCUACAGCCUCAUCGGCCGCAAGCUGUGGCAGAGGCACCGGGAGACGUGCAUGAGCUCCCGCGUCUCGCACAGGGAACGGAGCAACAGGCAGACUGUCAAGAUGUUGGUGGUGGUGGUGUUUGCCUUUGUCCUCUGCUGGCUCCCGUUCCACGUGGGCAGAUACCUCCAGUUCCGCUCCCAGUACUCCGAGUCCGAGCUCCUGACCAUUCUGUCCGCCUACUGCAACCUGGUGUCCGUGGUCAUGUUCUACCUGAGCGCAGCCAUCAACCCUAUCCUCUACAACACCAUGUCCUGGAAGUACAGAAGGGCUGCCGCUCGCCUCUUUGGUUCUCCGGACAAUAACCAGCCUCACCGAUGUCGCACGGCCAGCAACCUGAAAGGACAGUGCUCCAAUGUGUGGAACGAGUCUACAGCCAGCUUCUAA